UCACCGUGGCACUCUCAGCACUGAACAAGAAGCAAAGUCACUGCAAGCACUUCCAUCUUUCCUUGAUGAGAAAAAUGAGCUGGGUGUUCUUACGUGAUCUGCUGAGUGGAGUGAAUAAAUACUCAACAGGAAUUGGAAGAAUUUGGGUAGCUGUUGUGUUCCUGUUCCGCUUACUGCUUUAUGUUGCUGCCGCAGAAAACAUCUGGAAACAUGAACAUGAUGAAUUUGAGUGCAAUAUCAAGCAGCCUGGUUGUGAAAAUGUCUGCUUUGACCAUUUCUUCCCUGUCUCUCACAUCAGAUUUUGGGCUUUGCAAUUAAUCAUGGUCUCCACCCCUUCACUCUUGGUUGUCUUUCAUGUUGCUUAUAGAGAGAACAGAGAGAAACACCACAACCAGAAACUUUACAAAAAUCCAGGAAAGAUAGAUGGUGGAUUGCUGUGCACUUACCUAAUCAGCCUCAUUUUAAAAAUAGGACUUGAAAUAUUUUUUCUUGUUCUGUUCUAUAAAUUGUACAACGGAUUCAAAAUACCACAUCUUGUGAAAUGUGACAUAAAACCAUGUCCCAAUACUGUAGACUGUUAUAUUCCCAAACCCACAGAGAAAAUGAUUUUCCUCUAUUUUUUGGUGGCAACUUCAUGCCUGUGCAUUGUAUUAAAUCUAAGUGAACUGAGUUAUCUGAUGUUCAAAUACUCCGUAAAAUGUUAUCUGAAGAGACACGUGAAGAAGCAGCAAGGCUCAAAAAGCAAUUGCUGCGAAUCAGAACUCACCAGGCACAACAGAGCAGCAGCUGCAGGGCGACUCCACAACAGCUCAUCAUCCUUGCCUCUGAAUAUGCAAGAUGAACAUGAAAAACAUUCCCCGCUGACUUGA